UCGAUCCUUUCCAAAAAACUAUUUGACUGGAGAGGGAGAGAGAGAGAGAGAGAGAGAGGGAGAGAGAGAGAGGGGGAUACUGACUGAGAGCAUCAUCGAUGGCCCAGUCACAGGAGGAGCUGACACAGAGCUUUACACAGCUGAGCACUGAGAGUGAUUGACCCCCUCAAAAGCUUCAACAUUAGGGUGACGUACAACUGUACAUACAUGACAUUGUGAAUAGUGUGCUCACAGUCGACAGCCAUGCCACCACCAGCUGAUAUUGUAAAGGUGGCUAUUGAAUGGCCCGGUGCUAAUGCUCAGCUCAUAGAGAUGGACCAGAAAAGGCCGUUGUCUUCAAUUAUACGUGAAGUGUGUGAUGGAUGGUCUCUGUCAGGGUCUGAGCAGUUUGCUCUCCGUUAUGCUGACGGCCCUCAGCUUUAUAUCACUGAGCAGAGCCGUGGUGACAUCAAGAAUGGGACCAUCCUUCGAUUAGCAAUAUCACCUGCUCGUGCUGCCCGUCAGCUCCUGGAGAGGAUUCAGUCCCACGGAAUCGACGCUCGCCUGGAGGCUCUGAAAGAGCUCGCCAAGCUGUCCGCAGACCCAACCUUUGCCACAGAGUUCAUCAACAUGGAGGGCAUUGGAACACUAGCACGUCUUGUGGAGAGUGGAACCCACUUUGGUGAAAUGCUGGCCUUCACUCUCACUGCCUUCCUGGAGCUAAUGGAUCAUGGCAUUGUUUCCUGGGACCUUAUCUCCCUCUCUUUCAUCAAACAGAUUGCUGGCUACGUUAACCAGCCAAUGGUAGACGUGUCCAUCCUGCAGCGCUCUCUGGCAAUCCUGGAGAGCAUGGUGCUCAACAGCCACAGCCUCUACCACCGCGUGGCUCAGGAGAUCACCGUGGGACAACUCAUCGGGCACCUGCAAGUGUCAAACCAGGAGAUUCAAACCUACGCCAUCGCCCUCAUCAAUGCUCUUUUCCUGAAGGCGCCAGAAGACAGGCGGCAGGAGGAGUAUACUAACCCACUGGAGCAGCACCUCACUGAAAUGGCGAGCACUUUGGCUCAGAAACACCUGCGAUCCAUCAUCCUUAAUCAUGUCAUCAGAGGAAACCGACCAAUCAAAGCAGAGAUGGCACAUCAGCUUUAUGUGCUGCAGGUUUUGACCUUUAACCUUUUGGAGGAACGAAUGAUGACAAAAAUGGAUCCUAAUGACCAGACCCAGAGGGACAUCAUUUUUGAGCUUCGUAGGAUCGCUUUCGAUGGAGAAAAUGACCCCACUGGAACAGAAAAAAGAAAGGCCAUGUACACCAAGGACUACAAGAUGUUGGGGUUCACUAACCACGUGAACCCGGCCAUGGACUUCACCCAGACUCCUCCAGGCAUGCUAGCUUUGGACAACAUGCUGUACCUUGCCAAGGUUCACCAGGACACCUACAUCAGGAUUGUUCUGGAGAACAGCAGCAGGGAGGACAAGCAUGAAUGUCCGUUUGGCCGAUGUGCCAUCGAACUCACCCGCAUGUUGUGUGAGAUACUCCAGGUUGGAGAGUUGCCUAAUGAGGGCUGCAAUGACUACCACCCCAUGUUCUUCACUCAUGAUCGAGCGUGGGAGGAGUUCUUCUGUGUCUGCAUCCAGCUGCUUAACAAAACCUGGAAAGAGAUGAGAGCCACAGCUGAGGACUUCAAUAAGGUGAUGCAGGUUGUUCGUGAGCAGAUCACCAGGGCUCUGGCCAUGAAGCCGUCAUCUUUAGACCAGUUGAAGAAUAAACUGCGAGGACUCAACUAUUCUGAGAUCCUGCGUCUGCGGCAGUCAGAGAGAAUGAGCCAGGAUGACUUCCAGUCUCCACCCAUCAUUGAGCUGCGGGAGAGAAUUCAGCCUGAGAUCUUAGAGCUCAUCAAGCAACAGCGACUGAACCGGCUGUGUGAGGGGAGCUGUUUCCGUAAACUGGGGAACCGCCGCAGGCAAGAGAAGUUUUGGUUCUGCAGACUCUCGCUGAAUCACAAAGUGCUGCACUAUGGGGAUCUUGAUGAGUCACCUCAGGGUGAAGUACCUUUUGAGCUCCUAAGUGACAAGAUUCCUGUUUCUGAUAUAAAGUCUGUGGUGACCGGGAAAGACUGUCCUCAUAUGAAAGAAAAAAGUGCUCUGAAACAAAACAAGGAGGUGCUGGAGUUAGCCUUUUCUGUCCUCUAUGAUCCAGACGAAACUCUCAAUUUUGUGGCACCAAACAAAUAUGAGUACUGCAUCUGGACCGACGGGCUGUGUGCACUGCUGGGUAGAGAGAUGGGCAGUGACCUGACACGCAGUGACCUAGAUACUCUCAUCAGCAUGGAGAUGAAGCUCCGCCUCCUCGACCUUGAGAACAUCACAAUUCCAGAAGCCCCGCCCCCUGUGCCCAAGGAGCCUAGCUCGUACAACUUCACCUACAACUACAGUUGAGAUGUGCGCCUGAGCAUGUGUGAGUGAGUGUUUGUUGGGCUCAGCAUGUGUGUGAGUUGUCAAGAAUGAGUUUUCCCGACCUUUUGAUGAAUUCAGCUGCAGAUGUAUUUUUUAUCUCCACUUCAUUUCAGAUCCCUGGAGGUUUCUCUAUGUCCGUGUUUGUGAUUCUCUUUAGUUUGUCAGAUGUGUUUAUAGCUCCACAGGGAGUUCAGAGGUCAGGGUCCACUACAGAGUUGCUUUCCUGGAGCUGGUAGAAAUUCAGUGAGUGAAUUCAGCAGUCUCCAGGCAACAAUGAUUUGUAUUCCUCAUUCUUUGCUAUUUAAAGAUAUAGAGCUGCCUUUAACGAUGAGGGAUACUGUGCCUGAAGGUGGAAACAGAUGCAAGCCUGCUAAUUAGUUUUUACUCAAGAACAUUUCAGACAAAUUGCAAUCAAAUUGCUCAGUCUGGUCCCCAUGGCAAGAUAUGUCAAGGUAGCUACUGCUUUAGUUCUGAUGCUUUGUUUACUUCUAUUACAUCUUGGUACAGUGAAAUGUUACACAGAAAGAUGUACUCACAUACCACCUCCCUCAAUGCCACUCCUCAAAAAGGAUUUUUGAUGUCACAGGAGGUUAAAUGUGAUGUUUCUGGUUAAAGGGAAAUGCACCUUAUUAACACAAGUUAAGAUAUCUGAUCAACAGUUCAGUAUUUGAGGAUGCAGAGAAAAGAGAGCCAGAGGCUUGAUUUUAACAAUGUUGGUUGUUAGUCCCUAUUUUUCAUUAUGAUCUAGUUAGUUUUAUCACGCCUAUCACACUUUGCCUCAGGUUUCGACAAAUAGAAUUGCAAUGAACAAUAAUCCAAGCUUUAUUUCCCCAGUGAUUGGUUGAUUUGUAGUAGUGAACGUUACCAUCACAUUUUCUUAGAGCUCCAAGGAACACUUAAAGCUCCUGUGAGAGACUAUCAGUUUGUGUCAAUUUUGGCCCGUCCAUGGACGAAGCAGUACCUCAUGACUCCUUAGAUGAUUUUGUCCUGACCAUGCAUAAUAGUUUUUUUCCAACAAAGAAAACAUCCUGCUUCCUCAAGACAGACAAACGUAUCUUCCACUUUUAAUCUUUGCUGUGGGAAUUUAGAAAAUAAGCUGCUUCAGCAACUUCCUUUGAUCACCCUGUCUGACACCAACAAAUCCCCACCUGCAGAGGUUUCAGGCAUUCAAAAUUAAAGUACAGAAAUAACCAGUUUUGUCACUGAUGGCCUAUUUUGCUUAAGUAGGUUGUUGAGAGGCUUAAGUAUUAAUUUCAGUCUCUAUGAUAACCAGUAAAAUAUUUCUAACAGGGACUUUAGAGACUGUUUUUGUCAUAUAAUGGCUUCAAAACCCAAAGAAAGUUAGACUGAUGUUAUGCAAGAAAGCAGUAAACAUUCUUAUUGAAAGCUAUCACACCAGAUGUUUUUUGUUGUCAUAUUUAAAAGCGACUUUUAAAACAUUUUUGCGAAUCCAUUUUCUGUUAUUCCACUAUUAUUUAUGAGACUUGUUAUUAUUAGAGAAUAUGUUGCCCUUACAUACUGCGAGGGUCUGAGAGAGUCUUUUGUUGUUUGCAUGUCUGAGAGCACAGAUUUUGACAGUUGUGUAUGAUGUAUGUUGGCACAUGGCAAGAAUAAAACAAAUAUAAGCUUGAUGCUCAUGACAGUCAGGGCCAAAAGCUUUAACAUGCAGCACAUUAAAGAACAUGAAUGAUAGAACCUUUUAUUGAUGACCCAUAGUCACUCCAUGCCUUAUCGGUCAUACACUCAUUUUAUAUUUCUCAUAACGUUAGGAUUAACAAGCAGUAUUUGAAUUUGUGGUUGAAUAAUGUCAUGGUUUUAGCAGAAAUAAGGAAGCUUUUACAUGUUUAAUGAUGUCAGUAUGAAGAAGUCUUCUUAGCUGAUGUAUAAACUGGUGUUCAGGACCCUGAUAUUAAUGCUUAAUACCACAGUAGCAUUGUUAGAUGUAUGUAUAUAUAUAUAUUUAUAUACAUAUCUCAAAUAGUUUACAAUCAAUGAAGUAAAAAAAACAAAAAACGUGUUAUAAAGCAUUUAUUACAUAUGUAUAUGAACCUUACACUGUGUACUCGUACAGCAAGAUUUAAACUUCAAGUGUAUUUCAGGGUUAAUAAAACAUUAUGUGUAUGAUAACUAUAGAGAUUAAUUUACAGUUCAGACACCUGUCAUAAAUGUAUUGCAGAAGAAGUUAAACUUAGUUUAUAAAAAAUUAAUGAACACUUAAAAAUAUCCUUGUAUCUGCUACAGCUAUGUUAUAAUGUGUUGUAAACUAUUUAUUUGUUGUUUAAGUACUGCUUGUCAAUUCUUAUUUGGGUUCUGGUUGACUAUAGUCACAGAAUAGUGUUUUUUUUUUGGUAUCAGACAUUUUCUCCAACAACCUUACCAUACAUUCCAGGAGUGUUUGAUGCAGGAGUUUUAAAGCUUAAUUUUGGACUCUUUUUUUUUUAAAUCACACUGCAUAUACUAAAGAGUUUCUGAGUUAGUAAUGGUCUGUUAUGUAAAUGUGGCAGCCCACCCCUCAAACAAAUAGGAGCAGGUUCAAACAGCUGAGGGACUCAGUUCUGCUCAUCUAUAAUACGAGUGUACAGUACUGUGUGCUAUGUAAGCAAAGGUAAAAAUGACAGAACUAUUGCUUGAUGUCAGUUUCUAAGUUCAUAGUGUCAUGAUAUUUUCAUUCCAUUUAAUAUCCUGUCAACUUAUUUGAAAAUCAUAAUAUUCAUUUGUUCUUGCAGAGUAGAAUUAUAUUUUUGUAAAAGACUGUAUAAUCCUAUCAGCUGUGAAGACAAAAGGUACCAAGCUAUCAUUUUUACUUUAUGUCACUCUUUGCAGCAUAUUUAACAUGCAUAUAACUGUGCAAGGACAAUUCACACACACACACACACACUCACACACAAAAAGAUAGUCAUUGGUAUUCAUACUGUUUAAAGUCACAGCCACAUUUUCAUAUCACAUGCAUCCCAUGUUGUUUGGGGUUGACACAUACUCCAGCACCUAAUGAUGUCAGUGUCAAUGUAUAUAAUACUGCUAAUGGGAAUGAUGAAAAUGGCUCCCUAUCUGAAUUAUUGUUGAUGCUUUUUGUGAAAAAAGAUUUUUCUUUUUUUCCACAAGUGUUUUUUUUUUGUUGUUGAUGUAGUUGGUUUCAAAUGUUCCCUGUGGAGUUUAAUGUCUAUUUGGACUUGUUUUUCUGAGAGUUGAUCCUCAUCCUCUGCUCCACUGAGCUGGCAGCAUUUCAUCACAGUCUUUAUACACAAAAAUUACCCAACUGUGCCAUAAUGACACUCUGCCAGGAUGCCACCUUUGUAUUUAUUUGCAGAAGUUUUGGCAAGCAAAAAAGGCCAUAUAUGUAAACAAACAGUGUGAGCUUAAUAAAACACACACAUAUGACACCGUCCUGCUGGCUCUGCCAAUUACACACACUGGGCUUUUGUGUCUGUUACGCCUCUGAUACUUCCCUUUGCUGCUGGCUCAACAACAAAACCACUUUGCCCCAACACCCUGCGUCCGUACCUUUCCACAGCAGGGGAGGCGUAACAGUCUUGUCUUGCACAGACUGUGUAAAUGUGGCUCAUGAGAUGCAGCAAUGCACCGGAAAGUACAAGCACAUAGACGUUGAUCUAAAUGAAACAGAAUACUAAAUAACAGAUGUUUUUCUGAUGUUUUUUACAAGUAAAAACACUCAACAUGCUUUUUGAACCUCAAGGGUAGGCUAUACAUAGUGCAUUUAAAUGCGUAACACUGAAUAUAAACAUAAGUUGUCUGUUCACAGGAGGAACUCCACAGGGUACCUUUGACUGCCUAAAGGGUUAUUUUAUAUCCUUGUAGCUGCUCCCAGAAAACCACAGCUGCAGUUAAAAUGUAUUAAUACCACAGUGAGUGAAGGAUUGUUGCAUUGGAUGUACUAACAGUAUGACUUGAAGUUUAUGGUACUCUUUUACAUGACUUGCUAAACUAUUUAUUUACACUUGCUAGUGAUAGUAAAGAAUGACAUGUUGUUAAGUGAGGAAUAACAACAAAAACUCUAAAUAUGGUAUACAUAUAGAUCAUUGUAUGUAUAUACAGUAUUGUGUUGCCUUAUUGAAGAAAAAUGUAUUAUGUUUUGUGUGAAUAAAUACAAAGACUACUGUUGAAA